AUGGUUUGGAUAGCCAUCGUGGUCCGACCCGUGUUUAAGAAAAGAACCCCCAUUCCUCGCGAUGCAUCCCCCAUAAAAUCACUGCAAAACCACAUCGAGAAAUCCCGCCCGCGAUUACUCUCACCCCUGAAACACCGUUCCUGCGAGAUCACUCUCCGUAUUGAAAUACUAUCCUGUAUUUUUAUGUGUAGACAUAAUCAUUUACUCAUCAUCUUCAGAUUCGAAUGCAGAAUUAGCUUUAGGGUUAGGGUUUGAAGCUGGGAACUCAGUCUUUUCUAGCUAUUCGAGUAGCCCCAUAAGUAAUUUCUACAAUGUACGCUGAUCGAGUGGAGGCUGGGGAUAGGCUCUCUGUAAGGGACAGGCUCAUCGGCAAAACAGUUGGCGGUUCUGCUCGCCGACGACAAAUCACCGGCAAGAGACUCAGGGAAGAUGACGACAAAUGGGAGCAUGACCUCUUCGAGCAAGAUGAAACUCAAAUUUCAAGCCGCAAACUUGGUGCAAAGGACCUUCGUCUUAAGUUGCAGAGAAGAAGUACCCUAGAGACCUCUCGAGGUAUAAACAAAUCCAUAUCAAGAGGUACCAGGGAUCUACGCGAGAAGCUUUCUGGUACAGUAGCAGCGGCGGUGAAUAUAUCUAAACCAAAGACAAAUUCUGAGGUCAGUAAACCUCUUAGGAAAAGUGGAGUUGCUGAAGCCCUGAAAUUGGAAACAAAGAAAGUUGGAAGCACAACAUCUAAGAAGAAGAGUCAGCAGAAGGCUGAAUCUGUUGAUAGUUUUCUGCAGUCCCUGGGUCUUGAAAAAUAUGCAAUUACAUUUCAAGCUGAAGAAGUUGAUAUGGCUGCGCUAAUACACAUGACAGAUGAAGAUCUGAAAGCUAUGGGAAUACCAAUGGGUCCAAGAAAGAAGAUAGUUCUGGCAUUGGAAUCUAAACACUGAGGUUUGGGGGGGGGGGGGGGUAGUAACUGGAUGUGCGUGCUUGCUGGGUUUUGUCCUUAGUUGAACUUGUGCACGAUGUGUACUCCUAUGUUGUCAUUCUAUGUCUUCCAUCACGGGGAGUGGUCUCUAUGAUGACAACCAUUUUACCAAGGGUGGACUCGCCAUCUACUGCCAAAGUCAAUUAGUCUACUUUCUGGCAAUGCUUCUCUUAAAGUAUUCGCUGUGUAACCAAGAAUUUUUCUCUGCUUAUUGUGUACAAAACUUAUUUUGAAUUAUAGUCUGUUGUCUUUCCAUAUUCGACCCUUGCUUCUUUGUUAAUUAAUAAUAUAAAAUUAUUUGUUUCUCCAAACAAAAAUCAUGUAUGCUAUUUACCGGUCUCAUUCAAUA